AUGUCCCACGAGCUACCGAUGCGCCCCUGGCAGAUAGUAAGUCUAGAUCUCUUCCAGCACAGUGGCAAAGACUUUCUGCUGGUAGUCGAUCAUUACUCAGACUUCUGGGAGAUUGACCUCCUCCCCGACCUUUUAGCAGAGACAACGAUCAAAUGCUGCAAGGCUCAGUUUGCCCACUAUGGCCAGCCAGAUAGGGAAGUGGCACCACGCUCCUACUUGGUCGAAGUGAAUGGAUCACUGUACCGUCGUAACGGGGUUGACUUUCGGAUUGCUGAGCCAGCACCUACUCAGAACCCUGAUGGUCAUAGGGGUCGCGUGACAAAAGACGGAACCCCAGCAAGUCACAUGGGGCCUGAGGCACUGGGCAAAGAGCCAGGUGAUCACUGGUCGGCCGCUCCCUCGCCCAUCAAUACUCCCCUUAGACAGUCAGGUGACAAGCCUGUGCGGGAACCCGCAGUCCUCGCAGACAAGCCCCCUCCCUCACCACACACCUGUUUCCCUGACCUCUCUUCAGAGACCAGCUUCAUCCUGGGGAAUGCCCAGAUCGUGGAGUGGCCUGUAGUUUACAGUAAUGACGAAUUCUGCAAGCUCUCAGGGUUCUCCAGGACGGAGGUUAUGCAGAAGAGCAGCACUUGCAGUUUUAUGUAUGGAGAGCUGACGGACAAGAAGACGACAGACAAAGUCAAAGAGACCUUUGCUUCUUAUGAGUCCAACUGCUUUGAGGUCCUUCUAUACAGGAAGAACAGGGUACCAGUGUGGUUCUACAUGCAGGUGGCCCCCAUCAGAAAUGAGAAUGACAAAGUGGUUCUCUUCCUGUGCACCUUCAAAGACCUCACUUUCGUCAAGCAGCCCAUCGAGUACGAGUCCACUAAGGAUAAGGACGAGUCCACUCCAGGAUGUACCAAGUUUGGACGGCUGACCCGUGCUCUGACACAUAAUAACCGCAACACCAGUCACCACACGACACCACAGGAGCUCACUCCUAUGAGCAGGCAUGAGGUCAGCCAACCCAAGCAAUCCCAUCUGGCAGAGGUUCUCCAGCUAAGUUCCAUCAUCCUCCCCCAGUACAAACAGGAGGCUCCUAAGACUCCCUCCCACAUUAUCCUCCCCUACUGCACCUUCAAGACCCCCUGGGACUGGGUCAUCCUCGUCCUCACCUACUACACGGCAAUCAUGGUGCCCUAUAAUGUGUCCUUCAUUACCAAGCUGAACAACUUUGUGUGGUUGGUGCUGGACAGUGUGGUGGAUGUCAUAUUCCUGGUGGACAUCGUGCUUGACUUCCACACCACCUUCAUGGGGCCUGGUAGGGAGAUAAUCUCACACCCCAAGCUGAUCAGGAGGAACUUCAUAAAGAUCUGGUUUGUCAUCGACCUGCUGUCCUGCCUGCCCUACGGCAUCAUCAUCGCCUUUAUGAAUGUGGAUGAGGGUAUUCACAGACUGUUCAGUUAUUUAAAGGUGGUGCGCCUGCUGCAUCUAGGCCGGGUGACCCAUAAACUGGAACACUACUUGGAGUAUGGAGCAGCUGUACUGGUCUUACUGAUGUGUGUGUUUGGCCUGGUGGCCCACUGGAUGGCCUGCAUCUGGUACAGCAUUGGACACUACGAGGUCAUCGACGAGGUCACCAACAACAUCAGGAUGGACAGCUGGCUCUAUCACUUAGCCAUCAACCUCGGCUCGCCGUACUCCUACAAUGCCAGUGGCUCAGGCCAAUGGGAGGGCGGCCCUGGGAAAAACUCUCUGUACAUCGCCUCUCUGUACUUCACCAUGACCAGUCUGACCACCAUCGGGUUCGUCAACAUCGCCCCCACCACGGACAGAGAGAAGAUCUUCUCUGUGGCCAUGAUGAUAGUGGGAUCUCUUCUGUACGCCGCCAUCUUUGGAAAUGUGACCACCAUCUUCCAGCAGAUGUACACCAACACCAACCGCAAACACAAGAUGCUGACCGAUGUGAGGGACUUCCUCAAGCUCUACCAGGUGCCCAAUGAGCUGAGAGAGAGGUUGAUGGACUCCAUCGUCUCCACAUGGUCUAUGUCCAAGGGCAUCGACACUGAGAUGGUGCUGUCCAUCUGUCCUAAAGACAUGCGGGCUGACAUCUGUGUCCACCUCAACCGGAAGGUGUUCAGUGAGCACCCAGCGUUCCGCCUGGCCAGUGACCGCUGCCUGCGCUCACUAGCAGGGGAGUUUCAGACCAUCCACUGUGCCCCCGGGGACCUGACCUUCCACACAGGAGAGAGCGUCGACACCCUGUGCUUCUUGGUGUCAGGGUCACUGGAGGUCAUCCAGGACAAUGAGGUCAUCGCCAUUCUAGGUAAAGGAGAUGUGCUUGGAGAUAUGUUCUGGAAUGAGACCACUCUUGCAUACUCGUGUUUUAACGUGCGGGCGCUGACAUACUGCGACCUGCACAUCAUCAAGAGAGAGGGGCUGCUCAAGGUUCUGGAUUUCUACACAUCCUUUGCUAACUCCUUCUCACGCAACCUCAUCCUCACCUGCAACCUACGCAAACGGGUGAUUUUCCGUAAGAUCAGUGACAUGAAGGAGGAGGAGUGCCAGCGUCAGCGGAACCAGGGUGCGUCCUCUCAGCUUGGCCUGGAGAAGAACCAGGUCCAAGUGGAACACCACCAGCACCCCAUCCACCACAGCCUGCAGCUUUCCUACUCCAGCCUGCAGCACUCCCUGCCCCUCAACAUCCAGCUACCUGGGCCCCAUUCCUCCCUACACGGGCUCCAGAAUGGGGCUCCCCUUCUGGGUUGCAGCAGCAGUGUGCUCACUGUGUCCCAGGUCACGCCCAGUUCAUGCCCUCCUGCUGCCAGGGGCUGGGGGCGCAUCAAAAGCUUGACUCCCCCACCUCCAGAGGUCAGGAAGGUGGGACUGAACAAUGUAGCUAAAGCCGUCUCCGAGGAGAUGCUCUCUCAGGAGGGCAGUGGUCAGGAGGCUGGGCUUAGAGGAGGAGAGGAGGAGGACAACCACCUCCGUAAGACAGACUCCUGCGACAGCAGCACCACUAAGAGUGAGCUGCGUAUAGACGGGGCCGGGGAGGUUCGGGUUCACCUCCAGCAGAGACCCCUGCCACACCCGUUCGGCCCCAUCCCAGAGCAAGCCCUGCAGGCUGUGCUGCAGGAGACCCGGUUAGUGCUCCGGGGGGACAGCCAGACUCUGGGGGGCCGGCUAAGGGCCCUGGAGACACAGGUGGCUCAGAUCCUCAAACUGCUGACCUCUACAAAGAGGAGGAUGUCUCUACCUCUGGCCGCCACCCCCAAAACCAAAAGUCAGGACGUCUCCGCUGUCUCCAGACCCGUUUCUCCUGACUCAGUGGACGACGAUGGACACAUCUGAAGAGGAUAUAACACCACUGUUCCACAUACCUUAAUAUUUGCAAACAAACUUUUAACUAAUGUCAAUCAUUAUUCCUUUCUUGAUUGUAAAUACUUCUCUAUUCAUGUCCAGCUGGAUUCUGGCUUGUCAAAGAAACUAUAACUAUUUACUUCUUGCCUGUGUAUGAUGCAUUUGACUGCAUGCAAAUGUAUUUAAAAAUAACCAAUAUUUUAUUGAUCUACUCUGUAUAUAAAUAUGUUUUAAGUAUUGACAAUUUCCAAUGUUGACAUUGAGGGUAUGCAUAGAGGUAGCGCUAUUAACCAUGAGUUACCAAUGGGUUCUGAAACUGCAUUGAUACUUGGUGUAUUGGGAAAUCCAUGAGGUUAAGGUUUUUCCCACAGAAAGAAAGUCCAGAAGCUGUAGGCUAUACUGUUAUGUGGCCCUUUCUUGAUGAUAUGAGUGCCCAUGCAAGUAAGUGAUAACUGAUAUGAAUUAUUGAGCAACGUCAUGAUUUGAAGGCAGUAGUCCUUUUUUUUCUCCCAAGCCUUGGUCUGUUCCAGUUAGUUGUUGCUACUUACAUUGAUUUAUAUUUUUUAUGAUCACCCUAUAUAUCUCCUAUCACUGUCUGAUUUCCUGUAGAGAAAAAUAUUAUUUCCAGAGGUAUUUUAGUGUUAAUAGCGUAACAGUUGAUUUUCCUCAUGUCUAUGCAUAAUUUAGAUACAUGUUGUGUAUGGACUUUAUGUUGACAUGAUGUCUAAAGAAGGCUUUUUAUGUUCACCCUGCAGCAUGAACUAGAUGUGCAACUGACUGCACUAUGGUAAAUAAAGUAGGGAAGUCUGAAACAGACUGACAGCAUGGCUUCUGGGAAAUAGAGUCCCAUCCAGUGACACACAGUCCCACUCUCCUUACACAUGACACGAGCCACACAGUUGCAUGGUGUAUCACAAAGCCUGCUCCGACUUCUAUUAUUGAAGAUUCAUUUGUUGAGAGCACCUUCACCAGCUUAUCUCUCAUUUCUUAUGUUGUGGGUGCUGAGGUUGCCUGCCUGCCUGCCACUUAGCCUCUCCCCAAUUCAACUCAACUGCACUGAACGACGGUUGGGCUGGCUUCUGUUUAAAACCCACCUUUGAUCAGCUAGCCUGCUGCCAAGUGAUCCCUCUGUGGCACAGCUAUUCCAAUAGAGAUACAUGCCUGGUUUGUGAAGUACCAAUGUGGAUGUCUUCUGUCCAUUUUACGGCCAUGUUUAUGGUUAUGAAUUUGUUUUGAAUAUUGCAAGCUAUACAACCUGUGAUUUUCUGGUGAGUGAGAACAUAUUUAUUCUUACUGGCACUUGUAAACUCACAGCAGAGUCAUAUAUACAGUAUGUAUGUGUAUGGCUCUGGGUCUUAGUCCACUGAUGAAUACCUGUCUGCUACACAGGGAGCCUGUCUUACUACAACGUAAUAAUACAGAGAUAUAUUAGGAUGCAGUGGUAGCAUUCAGUCGAGGGAUCUGUGUACAUAUAAGUCAUCUAUGCAGUAACCCAUUUCUUGAAAGUGUCUCUCAAACUUACUUCUGAAGUUCAUAAAGGGAUAGAGCGACUAGGAGCAGUGUCUUUGACAAUCGACUAAGAGAGUCCUGUGGUCUGAGUGUGGUCCACAGCAGGAGAGAGAAAGAGAGAGCAUGUCCAGCCUUCCCUUCAUUACAGGGAGAGAACUAAUCGCGUCUCAGCUCAGUCUCAGUCACCUGAAUGUAUUGCUGCAUCCUCAAUCCCUCUCUCACCUGACACUGCUCUCUCCUCUCUUCUAUCUCUCUCUCACACCUCACACUGGUCUCUCGCUUUCUCUCAAUCCCUCAUAUUUCUUCUUCUCUCUCUCGCAUACUCUCUCUCUCUCUCUACCCCCCCUCUUCUCUCUCUCCUCUCUGUAAAUAACUUCUAUUGAAACUCACUGAUUGUGUCCUGAGCAUACUAAUAUCUAGCCUCUUUCUCUCUGUUGGUGUGCUAGCUGGAUACCUCUCCCUAUAGGGACAGGACAGACAGGAUUGGGAAGCAUUUCUUUACACCUGGACUAUAAGGUCCAAUCCUUUUCUGCUGGAAUAUUGCUUUCAAAUGUUUGGUAAAGUAAUGGCAUUAAUAAGUAGCACUGAUCAUUCCCACUAUGGUUCAUGUAUUGUUUUACAGUUGCACACCUUGAUUGUAGCGUCAGCUAAAUAAACUACUGUCUGGAACAUC